CGCGGGCCACGGGGCUCCGGUCCUAGUCGGAAGUGGCCUGCGGCGUCUGGUUCCUUCAGCUCCCGUGGCUCUGGCGGAGUCUGCGCAAUGAGCGACCGGGAAAGGCCGGAAGCGGCUGGGCUCGAGCCGAAGGAGCAGUUAUCUUCAGAUACCAGUGAAAAUAAAACGACGCCAAAUGAAGAGCCCCUACUCCGAAAGAGCUCCCGUCGAUUUGUCAUUUUUCCAAUCCAGUACCCUGAUAUUUGGAAGAUGUAUAAGCAAGCCCAGGCGUCCUUCUGGACAGCAGAGGAGGUUGACUUAUCAAAGGAUCUCCCUCACUGGAACAAGCUUAAAUCAGAUGAGAAGUAUUUUAUCUCUCACAUCUUAGCCUUUUUUGCAGCCAGUGAUGGAAUUGUAAAUGAAAAUUUGGUGGAGCGCUUUAGUCAGGAGGUGCAGGUUCCAGAGGCUCGCUGUUUCUAUGGCUUUCAGAUUCUCAUGGAGAAUGUUCACUCAGAGAUGUACAGCUUGCUGAUAGACACUUAUAUUAGAGAUCCCAAGAAAAGAGAGUUUUUAUUUAACGCAAUUGAAACCAUGCCAUCUGUUAAGAAAAAAGCAGAUUGGGCCUUGCGAUGGAUAGCAGAUAGAAAAUCUACUUUUGGGGAAAGAGUGGUGGCCUUUGCUGCUGUGGAAGGGGUCUUCUUCUCAGGGUCGUUUGCUGCCAUAUUCUGGCUAAAGAAGAGAGGGCUCAUGCCCGGACUCACGUUUUCCAAUGAGCUCAUCAGCAGAGAUGAGGGACUUCACUGUGACUUUGCUUGCCUUAUGUUUCAAUACUUAGUAAAUAAGCCUUCAGAAGAUAGAGUCAAGGAGAUCAUAGUUGACGCUGUCAGAAUUGAGCAGGAGUUUUUAACAGAAGCCUUGCCAGUUGGCCUCAUUGGAAUGAACUGUGUUUUGAUGAAACAGUAUAUUGAGUUUGUAGCUGACAGAUUACUUGUAGAACUUGGAUUCUCAAAGGUUUUUGAGGCAGGAAAUCCUUUUGAUUUUAUGGAAAACAUUUCUUUAGAAGGAAAAACAAAUUUCUUUGAGAAACGAGUUUCAGAGUACCAGCGUUUUGCGGUUAUGACAGAAACCACAGAUAAUGUCUUCACUUUGGAUGCCGAUUUUUAAAGCCUUCCCUAUGUAAAAACUGUAACAGGUCAUUGGUAAAUAACAAUCUAUUUUCCUCUGUCACUUUACAACUUCAGAUAUUUUCUUUAAGAGAAUAGGAAUUUGAUAAGGAAAAUUUAAAACAAAAAUUUAAGUAAGUUGGAUUUGUCUAAACACAAUGAAAAUUUCCUACAUAACAGAGUCUAACCUAAAUGGUUUUUUGUUCAUUGGCAUGUAGAAUGGUGAUAAAGCAUGGCUUGAGGGAUCAGGUACAAGUUUGAGGUUCUGCCCUUACUCCUUCCUGUGACCUUUGCCAAGUCAGUCAACUCUUGUAAACACUCACCUUUAAAAUGGGUAUAAUGACAAGUCAGAGACAUGACACAAGGGUUAAGAUGCAAAACAGUGCUUAAAUAAUACUUCUACCUCUGCUAUCACUACUACUAAAUACUAUUAUUGGUAAGACAGUUAUAGUGAUAUCAUGAUACAAGCUACUCCUCUCCAAAGUAACUGAUUCUAGGUCAUAGGGUCUAGAACCAGAUUCUUUUUCUUUCUUUUUAGAUUCUUGUACUUUGAAUGUUUGCAGGAAGAAUAUAGAGAUAUCCUUAGAAAGAUAAUUCUCACCAACACAAGACUAACUACUUAUAAGCAAAAUGAUUCCUCAGGAAUUAAAAAGGUAACCAUUGACAGAUCUAGCUGUUUAGAACCAGGAUAAAUUAUCAUUUCCCAAAAGACCAUUGUCAGAGCUGGUAGACCUAGAUUUCUUUCUUUCUUUCUUCCUUUCCUUUCCUUUCCUUUCCUUUCUUUGUGUGUGUGUGUUAAAAAAGGAAUUUGGUGGUGACGUGAGUUUGGCAAAUGCUGUGCACUCCAUCUCUUAGAAUGUGCAAUGAAUACAUCAAAGGAAGAGGUUACCUCAUGAGCUUGGAUAUCCUACAUAUUCAUCUGUUUCUCACCCAUCAACAUCUCCCACAGCUAAGGCUCCUCAGCACAUAGAUUAGAAAAAGCUGGCUUGGAAUCAUGCAUUCUCACAAGAAAUGGGCACACACACACAAGAGAAAAGUGUCACAGGGAUCAUUGAACCAUUUGGGAUUUUUGCCAAGCCAAGAAGUGAUCUGAGGUUGACCUCACUGUAUGUCCAUGUGCACUUAAAAUUCUUUUAUGUCCCUUGUAGCAUGUUUUAAGUGGAACUAUGUAUGUUGUAUUGGUAACACAAGGUGAGGGAGAUUGAGUCUUUGAGGGAAAGCAGAGCAGAUACCAGGAGCCAGGAUGUCUGGAUAUUUUUUCCCCCUGUUUAUUUUUAGGAAACAUCAACAGGUAGUCUGAGCCCCAUGAAUUAGUGGGUCCCUCCUCAUAGAAAACAGUACUUUGUAAAAUUACGGAAACUGAAAUUCAGAUAUUUUUCUCUUUAUAUAAGCUUUAGCUUCAUUUAUUCUAUAACUAUUUGAUUGAUCAAAAUUGGGAAUUCUUUUUAAAAAUUUUUUCUUUUAUUUAUUUAUUUAAGAGUGACAGAGAGAGAGAGA